GAGAGGAGUCGAAGCAGCGGAAACAAAAGACCCGUCGAUUGGGAGCGGAGAGAGAGGCAGCUCGGCCCCGGCCUCCCCCCUCCUCCUCCUUCCCCCCGCCGUCAGUGAAGAAGCCCAGGACGCCGGCGACGACGCCUCCCUCCCCGGCUCCCCAUGGCGCUCAAGCGGAUACAGAAGGAGCUAAGUGAUCUACAACGUGACCCACCUGCGCACUGUUCAGCAGGACCUGUUGGAGAUGACUUGUUCCAUUGGCAAGCAACUAUUAUGGGACCUCCUGACAGUGCCUAUCAAGGGGGAGUCUUUUUUCUCACAGUACAUUUUCCAACAGACUACCCAUUCAAACCGCCAAAGAUCGCAUUCACAACAAAAAUAUACCAUCCAAACAUAAAUAGUAAUGGGAGUAUUUGUCUUGAUAUCCUGAGGUCACAAUGGUCACCUGCUCUGACUGUAUCUAAAGUUCUUUUGUCCAUAUGCUCUUUACUUUGCGAUCCUAAUCCAGAUGACCCUUUAGUACCAGAUAUUGCACAGAUCUACAAGUCAGACAAGGAAAAAUACAACAGACAUGCAAGAGAAUGGACACAGAAAUAUGCAAUGUAAACUUUCAAGACUUUUUCAUAUAUACCAGAGUACUGUAAAUUCUAGGGUUUUUUCAAAAUUAGAAGUAAAUGGAGCACAGUUUACUGUUUUCAGUGUACCAUGAAGCCCUUUUUGAUUUUCACCCAUAUAAAUGUGUUUCUGGAACAAGGAAAUAACUACGAAAAUUAACCUGAAGACUGUGAUGAGAGUAUUUAUCCUUUUUGUAUGCUUUGCAAAAGACAUUUAUUAUGUUUUUAAAGAUACGUGGACAUCUGCAUCUCCAGCCUACAAGAUCCAUACUGCAAUUGUAGAGCAACCAAAAUAUUUUUUUUGCUGAAAAACUAGGUGUUACAUGAGAAAUAUUCUAUGUGUCUUUGAGAUGUCAGUCCUGUAAGUCUGUGUUUGAAUUUCAUUCUUUGUUAGUUCAUUGUAUAAUUUGUAUUUUUUUACUGUAUAGACUAUAUUUUAUUUACCAUGCAAGUCAACUCACUUUAGAUUUUCUGCACAGUAUUGAAAAAGAAAUACAACUGCUAUUAAAUAAGUGAAGCAUUCCUUCGCAGAGGAAUACUUAUAAAAAUACUUCUUAAAACAAACUUUGCACUCUAACUCUCAGUAUGCUGAUUAUGGGAAACACAUGGUUUUGAUUCUGUUGCAUACUUUUAUUGCAAUGUGAAUUAAUUGCACUGCUCUGUAGAAAGAAAUGUAACUACUUUUGUUCUAUUCACAGCUGACUUUUUUAUCCCAUAUGGGCAGUAUAAUCUUUACGACAUUUUAACAAAACUGACUUGAAGCUUUUCCAUAUAAAUAAAAUGUGUUUUUUACUACUUGUCUUGGCUGUUCUUUAAGUCUUGCACAUUCUUUAUAUGUGCUUGCCAUGAAAAGAUCAAAAUAUUGUUAAAUAUGUGAAUUACUAGUGGGAAGAACUGGCCUAUGUAUUUGAGAUUGCUAUAUAUUCUCGGAGUAUAUUAUGGUAGCUGCUGAACAAACUUUAUUCAUUGUGCUGUAUAUGAUCUAGGUCAUUGGAUGUUGUAACAAGUAUAGAAGAGCAUAUCUAUGAGCUUGUGAAAUCAUAAAAUCUUGCUGAAGUUGAUCACUGCUAAUGUUGAAAUACCACUGAUGUUACUUCUCUCAUCAGUGUAACGAUAUUUUGAUCUAUUUCUUCCAUAUAGUAAACUAAUGCUUCUGACCAGUUAUAUUUAUACUUCAACAUGCAUGUAUGAAGAAAAACAGCCUUAGGUGCUUUACAAAUAAGAACAUUUUAAUUUGUUUACUUUGCUUUGGGGUACUAAAUCCUUGUUAAAACAUUUAAUUUGUGGCUGCAGUGAUUCU